AUGCGAGCAUGUCUCUAUUCUCUCUUUGUUAGUCUCUCUCGCUUUGUCCGUCUCAGUCUCUCUCUCGUUAUCAGUUACAGUCUCUCUGUCGCUGUCAGACUCAGUCUUUCACUCGCUCUCAGUCAGUCAGUUUCAGUCUCUCUCGCUCUUUGUCACUUUCAGUCUCUCUCACUGUCAGUUUCAGUCACUCUCUCUCGCAGUCAUUCAAUCUUAUCAGUCAGUCAGUCAAUCAGUCUCUUACUCACUGUCAGUCAGUCAGUCAGUCUCUUACUCACUGUAAGUCAGUCAGUCAGCCUCUCACUCGCCGUCAGUCAGUCAGUUAGUCACUUACUCACUGUCAGUCAGUCAGUCAGUCAGUCUCUCAAUCGUUGUCACUCAGUCAGUCUCUUACUUACUGUUAAUCAGCCAGUCAGUCAGUCCGUCAGUCUUUCACCCGCUGUCAGUCAGUCAGUCUCUUACUCACUGACAGUCAGUCAGUCAGUCAGUCUCUUACUCACUUCAGUCAGUCAGUCAGUCUCUCCCCCGCUGUCAGACAGUCAGUCUCUCAAUCGUUCUCAGUCAGUCAGUCAGUCAGUCUUUCACCCGCUGUCAGUCAGUCAGUCUCUUACUCACUGUCAGUCAGUCAGUCAGUCUGUCAUUCUCUUACUCACUGUCAGUCAGUCAGUCAGUCUCCCACCCGCUGUUAGUCAGUCAGUCAGUCAGUGUCUUACUCACUGUAAAUCAGUCAGUCUCUCACCCGCUGUAAUUCAGUCAGUCAGUCAGUCUCUCACCCGCCGUCAGUCAGUCAAUCUCUCAUUCACUGUCAGUCAGUCAGUCAGUUUCUCAUUCGCUGUCAGUCAGUCAGUCAGUCUCUUACUCUAA